AUGGGAGCCUCAACAUCAUUGCCCACCAUCGACAAGCCGUCAGAAUUCCUCUCGCUCAAAGCUGGGACACUAUGCGCUUGGUGUGACGAUGGCUUGAAGCGCAUCUCAGAAAAUGGUGAACCGUACCGUACCCGCGCUCUGGCAGAUCUUCUCGAGGCUUCAAAACACUGCCAUUACUGUGCUAUGUGGAUGGAAGGCUUGCGCCAAUCAUGGCGUGAAUUGAAGGAAGAUGGACAAGUCGCAGCUUUCAAGCAGCAUCCUCUAGCGCAGAACGCAGUCGAUCCAAAGGACGUGAAACUUCAGUUCAUCAAUUAUCAUGAUUGGCAGCUCGAGACUUCUGCACAGUAUAUUUGCUGGCCGUUUCAAGGUCAUAUGUGGGCGAAGCUUGACUUGGUUCCAGCGGAACUUGCGGUCUUCAUAUACACCAAUCAAUUGGCAAAUUCAGAUAAGACAGUUUUGAUCAAGGAAUGGUUGAAACGCUGCGAGAGUAAACACAACGUUUGCAAAGUCACGAAAGACCCAUCAUGGAAGCCAAGUCGACUGUUGCAUCUUAGCAGCGAGCCCGAAUCCCUGCAGAUACGUCUUGUCAAUAGUGACAAUGUACCCGAGAGAGUCGAGUACCUGACAGUUAGUCACAAUGAGCUAUCCCUGGGACUUACGAAGGAAAAUCUCGAAGAAUUCAAGAAGUCAAUUCCUACAUCUCAACUCUCCCGAAGCUUCAUCUCAGCAUGUGAAAUGGUCAGGACUCUGGGUAAAGAGUAUGUCUGGAUCGACUCUCUUUGCGUCAUCCAAGACGACCCUGAAGACGAAGCUGACCGUAUGGCCUUUAUCUGGGAGAGGUCUUGGCUCCACCUAGUAGCCCAUAGCGCUUUAGAUGAAGGGAAGCCUAUCUCUGGUGUUCAUGUGACACGUGAUGAGAGCUCUUGGCUUCCGAUAUGGGUUUCCCGCGAAUGGGGUGGUCCUUCAUCCGGCGACUAUUGCGUUUCGCGAUAUGACGACUGGUGGACCGCUGUGUCACGCUCUCCAGUGAACAAGCAGGCUUUAACUAUCGAGGCACGUAUCCUUGCGCCUCGAGUGUUACAUCUAGGGUUAGAACAACUCAUGUUUGAAUGCGGUUCGAUGAGUGUCUGCGAGAGGCUGCCACUCGGUCGGCGGACCUCUAGUUCUGAUCCGGUCUCAGCGCUCAAGUCUUUCAUCACGCAAGUGAGGAAUGAUGGUUUAGAACAUCUUACCCGUGAGAGCUUAUUCAACGCCUGGGGUAAUGCCAUCCGGGUUUAUGGCCAAGCAAGACUCGCUGUAGGAACGGAUAAGCUGGCAGCGCUCCGUGCUUUAGCUGAUGCAUUCCAUCCCGCCUUCAAACACUUAGCUGAUUCCGAGACUGAGGUAAGGAAUCAAGACAAAGAUUCGCAAAAGCAAGAAACUGUUGACGACAGACAGCAAGACCUCUUCAUUGCGGGACUGUGGAGGCCCUAUCUGGAGAUGCAGCUGGCAUGGCGAGCGACAUCAAACGUCCAGCGGUUCCAGUUGAAUGGACUCGCCCCGAUGGCGCCUGGUAAGCGAUACAACCAAUAUGUCGCUCCAAGCUGGUCAUGGUGUUCUCUGAAGGAUGCUCUCAUCGAACCACAAGGAGUGAGUCCGAUCGACAUUUAUUUCGCAAGUGUACUCGAUGUAAAGACUAUGCCGAGUUCAGACCAUGGUUCUAAAGAGGCACCUCGCUCCUCUCUUUACAUCCAAGGCUCCAUCAUCCCCAUCGCCGGCCUCGGCAAGGGAAACGGGAUGAAACUGAUCAACUUCGAAACCGUCAACCAAGAUCCAAACCUUGGUUGGAAAGGCAAGACUAUCGACAUCGAUAGUAAGAACUAUUGGGAUGUAGACUUUGAUGAAGAGGCUGCCAAAUGUCAAGGGCCUUUUGCAGUGCCCAUCUUUGCUGAUAUGACAAGAACAACGAAGCCUCUUCACUGCUUGGUUCUGGAUAGACGAGAUGAUGAGAAGGGCAUGUAUGCUGUGCGCCUGGGAGCUUUUUUGUUGGAUAAUAUGGAUGAUGUGAAGGCUUUUUGGAAAAGUGUGGGGGCGUUUAAUAGUGUUUCCUCUGAUGGUACGAAGAAGUGCGAUGGUCUGUUUAGGUUCGUUGAGACUGAUGGAAGGGGCGAGUAUAAGAAGGCGGACGGGGUACUACAGCGAGCCUUUGAGGUUCGAUAG